ACCCCGCCCUUUGCUGAGGAUAUUCGGUGGUUAUUCACGAUAUCGGUCCAAUUAGGAACGCCGUACUUUGUCAGUUUCCUCGAUGCCGUUGCAAAAGCUGUAUCAUCACCGUUCUUGCUUUUCCAAUUUGCUAUGGAAGCUAACACCCGCCUCCCACCCUAUCCUCAGCAGUACUCAAUGCCGCCGAUCAAUCGCUCGGUACCGCCUCCACAGCCAAGCCAUUCAAGCAAGGCAUUUGCUCAUGUUGCUGGAAGGGCACGAGCAGUAAUGCUUCAAACGUACGCACAUCCGUCCACAGCUGAAUUAUACGAACGAUGUAUUGAGCAGUUUUACGCAGCCGCUGGUGUAAAGCUCAGCCAUAAUCGGUUCAAUAGCAGUGAUAUGGAGGAUGCUCAUCAAUUGCUGGUCGCAGCGAUUACUGCAUUUAUGCGUAUACCACAUGCACCAACGGCGCACACGUUGCUGGAAGACUUCUAUCGACAUGUGAAGAAGCAGAAAGCGUGGAAAAAAGACGUCCAACACCGUCUUGGCUCUUUAAUACACGAAGCGUUGAAUCAACAACGGUAA